AGAAAAUCACAGUCUUCUUUUUUAAAAUGUUCUGCUAGGAAACAAGAUAUUCUCACUGUUAGUGAAGAUUUUCACCAGGAGAGUCAAUGGGGAUUUUACUCCAUUGCAUUCUCCACCUCUUAAUGCUUCCUGUCUGCACACAAGAAUCAGUGUAUUCACAGGAAAUAAAGCAUAAGAAUUAUGAAACAGCUAUACUAGGACGAAACGUGACCAUCUUCUGCAAUUUGACAAGUCUGGCAAAUGUUCUGCAAGUCACCUGGCAGAAAAUUGAAGGCUCUUUGCCACAAAAUAUCGGCACUUACAGCCAUAAAUAUGGAGAAAAUGUUCUUCCUCCUUAUGAAAACAGGCUUCACUGCAAGAUCCUGGAACCCAAUGCCUCCUUCAUAAUCAUCCAAGAGGUGACGUUUGAAGAUGAAGCCUGCUACAAGUGUCUGUUUAACACCUUUCCAUAUGGCAGCCAUGGAGGACAAACCUGCCUUAACGUCCUAAUUGCUCCUGAAUUAAUAACUGAACUGCAUCCUGUUCCUGGCUCUGAAGAUCUCCUUAGCCUUCAUUGCUCAGGGGUGGGAAAGCCUGCUCCUGGAAUCUCCAUCUACCCUUCAGAAGCUCUCGUGCUCCUGCAGAGAGAGUACUUGACUGAGAACCCGAAUACCACAGUGACCGUCACUAAAAUAUACAACAUCUCUUUGAAAACUGUUAGGUCCUUGGGCCUCCAGCACCUGGUUGUGUCCAUGACUCACCCCCUAGGAUCUGAAAAGAAGAUAGUUUCUCUGCCAGUAAAUCAAGAGGGUACCGUGAAUCAUUUCAGGAAAACUGCAAUUAUAGUCAUCAUUUUAUUUCUCCUUUCAUGUGUCAUCAGUGCUCUUUUCUAUAUUUACUUUAAAAAGAAAAGGUCAGAGAACAUGUCUGUCUCAUUAUCAACACUGCAGCCCGGAACACCAUCAACAGAACCUGAGGCCUUAAUGAGCCACCACCAUCAGAAGUCAUAAAUGGUCAGUGUCUUGCUCUUCCUUCAACAAGGAAGAGCGCUUCCUUCAACAAGAUGGGAACAAAUAUAGAGACUCAUAAACAGAUAUUGUUUUUGGAGAGUGAGAGGCCUUCGAACACUCAGCCCUAAAUGGAAUGUCUCCAUCAAAUCCCUCCCUUUGGAGCUCAGGUAACCCUGUAGAAGAGAAGACAGAAAGAGUGGAAGAGCCAGAAGGGAUGGAGGAUGCCAAGAACACAAAGUCUUCUGUAUUAACAUGAACAAAGCUCCUAUGAACUCACAGAGACUGAGGUGGCAUGGACAGGGCCUGCAUGGGUCUGCACCAGGUCCUUUGCAUAUAUAUUAUGGUUUCCAGUUUAGUGUUUUCAUGGGAUUCUUGUGUGUGAGAAUUGGUUAGUCUCUAAUAUAUACAUACAUAUAGAUAUAUAUAUAUAUAACAUCUUCUCGUGGCCUCUUUUCCUUGUGGUGGCUUGUCUUGUCCAACUUUGAUGUGAUUGAAUUUGUUUCAUAUUUUAUGUUUUGAAAAAAGUUAAUGAAUAAAUGGAUGAAUGAAAACCUA